UCAGUGCAGUUUUAUUUGUCAUUCAUGAUUUCAAUUCCUUUGAUUGAUGGAUAAAUAUUUACUGAAAGUCUGUACUGAAAAUUUAAUAAUUUUCGUGUUUUGUAAAACUAACACCUCAUAAAUUCAGGAAAUGACUGCUCUGGGAGGUUUGUCUUGGGAGGAAACGCGAAAGCAAGCACGACAUCUCGAAAAUGACAUUGACAUGAAGUUAGUUGCAUUUAGCAAGCUCGGAAUUAGUCCUGCAACAACUAAUCUGAGUGCGGAGAGUGUCCCUCUCAUCAACAGUGAAGAUAUGUUCGAUACCAUGUCUAUGGAACUACAGCAGUUGUUAAAUAAGCUUUCAUCAAUAAAUGACAAAAUGGCAGACCUGGCGCCGAGUGGAGCAGCUACAAUGCACACUAUUAAAAGACAUAGAGAAAUACUUAUGGACUACCAACAAGAGUUCACGAAGACAUCAGCGCGCUUGAACGCCCGGCGUGAGCGUGAGGAGCUUCUGCGAGGAAGCAGUCCGCCCCCAUCCGCCGGCCUCAGCCGCCGCGACCAGUACAGCAAGGAGGCGAACCACGCGCACAGUUCACACAUCCUAGUGGACGAACAGAUAAACAUAGCGAUGGAGGCGCGCGACCACCUCACCUCACAACGGCAGACAUUCAAACGGAUGCAGACGAGGUUCAAUGAUAUCACUAACAGAUUCCCAAUGUUAAAUAGUUUAAUUUACCGGAUAAACGCGCGCAAACGCCGCGACUCCCUCAUCGUCGGUGUCGUGGUCGCGAUCUGCACCUUCCUGCUGCUGCUCUACGCAUUCCAUUAAUUCGACGUAGCUAUAUAGUGAUAGGACAAGAGAUUUAUCUAUCAUCCAUGCUAAUAUAUAUUAGCCCGCGGCUCCGCUCGCGUCAAAUUAGGCAGCAGUUAUUUUUCCGUGACGAAAGUUGCUUUGUGUUUCAAACUAUAUGUAGGUAUCUAAAAUUUCAAGAUUGGUUGAGCAGAUAAAGCCUGCUUGGUAAAUCGAAAUGAAAAUGCGCUUAGAUCACAAUUCGAGAUUUGUGUACUCUAAGUGUUGAAUCGAAAUGAAAACGUUAUUUACAAAAUGUAUGUAGAGGCACACGAACUGGUUUUCAUAAAAUUUAAAAAAUACCAAGAUUACAAGCCCUGCCGAUAAACCGAUUUUUGUUUAAAUUUGGUAUACAUUCCCGCAGCUCCCCCCGCGGUUUCGCCUCGAGUCAUUAUACCUAAUUUUAUAAUGACUCGAGGUCAAACGAUUUUUGUUUAAAUUUGUGAUCUUUAUACCGUGACUGAUCAUAAUACAUUAUACAAUGUAUACCAAAUUUAAAUAAAAAUCGUUCGACCUCGAGUCAUUAUAAAAUUAGGUAUAAUGACUCGAGGCCAAACCGCGGGGGGAGCUGCGGGCAACUGCCAGUUAGUCUCUUAUUCUGUCGCUUUUCUAUUUGUUUUAAGUCCUAUCUAUAUAACGUAUUAUGUUGUAAAAGGUCGAUAAAAUAUAAUUUUGCUAUGUUUGAGGUCCGGAAAAGACUGUUUUCUAUCAGAGCUUACUAUAUUUUGGCAAAGUAAUUUUAAGCAAAGAUAUCUUAAUUGUUUCUGUAUUCCUAUCCUAUAAUAAAUACAUAAAUGGGUACACAACACAGAAUUUUAUCCUCUUUAUUAUUCGAAAAAAGUUAAAGUAUACUUUAUGCUAAAGUGUUUUUGUCACUAUCGCACUUUAUAACCACAGAAGAUUUCAAUUGACAGAAAGAGACAAAACAUACUUUGGCCUAAAGUAUGUUUUAAGCUCUUUUUAUGUACAAUUAGCUUUUACCCGCGGCUUUGCCCGCGUGAUUGUCACUGCGAAAACGGAACAGACAUGACUUGCAUACAAACUAGUCAAGUGGGAGUUGUUUUUUAAAAAAUGUUGCCUAUGUUUGAAUGGUGGAAUGGUAACUACAUGCAUAACUAAAAAUUCAUAAAGAUCAGUCCAGUAGGGGUUUAGACAUGAAAGCGGGACAGCAGACAGACUUUUCGCAUUUAUAAUAUUAGUAUGGACUAGCGGCCCGUCCCGGCUUCGCUCGGGUAAACACAUAAUAAGUUAUACCCCUAAAACCUUCCUCAGGAAUCACUCUAUCCAUUGGUGAAAACCGCAUGAAAAUAUGUGCAGUAGUUUUGAGUUCGACGCGGACAGAUAGAGGACUUUGUUUUAUAAUAUGUAUAUAUGGAUAAGAAUUUUCAUGUAAUCCACCUAUAAUAUCAGUGUGUGUAGACAGAUAAGGGAGAGAAUCUGGGACGUCUAUGCUUAGAAUUACUUUGGAAUAUUUGGUAGAAAAUAGUUGUAGUUUGUUCAAAAUGUCACAGACCGCCUUAUUUAUUAUAUUUGCAUUUAUGCUGUGAUAUUGUAUGUAUUGAAGGAAUUAACUCGCAUAUUAUAUUUUAACUACCUAUGCUUUAUUACUUUCAAAUCAAUCUAUGGAGACAAUAUAGGUCCGUAAAAAAUGUUUUAUACUGUUUAUCAAAUAUCUAUUGAAGUGGUUACCGGCCGCCAUGUUGCGUUGUUGUUAGUUUUGUCUCCAUACUUAAUUUAUGAAUUGCUUUUUAUCUUAUAUGUGUUUUAUAACAGGUCGACUAUGUACAGUUUAGAAUUUAUGUAUUGUAUGUAAAUAAAGGCGAUGCGCCUAGGAGUUUUGGGAUCAUAGAUAUAUAACUUAUAUAAUAACUUGCAAUAAAUAAAAAUGUCUGACAUA